CUGAACUUAGGAUUUGGUUGCGCGGUUUAUUUUUUUAAGUCGGUACUUUUCGGCGUGCUUUUGGUAUUCGGAAAUAAUAUGUCUAGCACUUAAGAAAGCGUAAAGAACUAUUUUGAAGCUUCCACUGUCCUUGGGCAAUUAUAACUAACACAGGGGAUAGCCCCUCUGAUAGCAGUAAACGGACCGACUGAAGACAUUUUAUCUGUUUAUUUGAUCUACUCAUGGACUCCAAGCGCCCUAAAUUAUGUUCUCUGGAAACUGAUAAUGCUGACAAUGAAGUGGAUAUCCUUCAACCCAGAGAAGUUGGAAUCACUACGUUCGUACAACCUUUAGUUCAAGGUUUUGACGCAACGUUGAAAAAUAGAUGGGAAGACUUCAUUGUCCGUGAAUUUAGAGGUCAAAAUUAUGCAAAGCUUACUGAUUUAGCACCAAUUCCGGAUCCUACUCCUGAAGCUUAUGAUUUUAAUAUGGAAAAGAAACUUGAAGUUCAUUUGUCUGGACUUCAAAAUUUGAGCCGUGGUGAUAGUGAAGUAUUAAAAAUUAAAGCCCCAGAUAAUAAAACAGACAGAACACAGAUCCACCAAGCAAUACGUGCAUUAUUCCCAUCACUUGAAAGCACGACAUCAAAAGAUGGCAAUGAAAAUAUGAUUGUUGUACAUCGAAAAGACCAUCCUGAAGCCAAAGGUUCACGACAUUCUAAAAGAAAAGCCAAUGGUAUGUCUAAAAGUGCACCAUACUGCCAUUUUGUACUUUACAAGGAGGGUAAAGACACACUUAGUGCUAUCCAAGUUCUCAGUCGUUUCCUACAUGUUGGACCCAGUAUAUUUUCAUUUGCUGGUACGAAAGAUCGUCGAGCAAUUACCACACAAUUUGUUACAGCGAAAGGUAUAAAUUCGAAAACACUAUCAUUGCUGAAUGCACGGCUUCAUGGCUUGCGUUUAGGCAAUUUUUCAUACGUUUCUUCUCCUCUGUUUCUCGGAGAUUUAGAUGGAAAUCAGUUUGUAGUUGUGCUAAGAUCGGUGUGUGCACCAAGAUCCGUCGUUGAAACUGCAGUCGGGACUUGGAAAAACACUGGUUUUGUGAACUAUUACGGUCUUCAAAGAUUUGGACAUUCUCCCAAAUCCAAAAGCUUCGAAAUUGGAAAAUAUCUUAUUCGUUCGAAAUGGGCGGACGCUAUUGACCUUAUCUUGAAACCAACUUAUGCAGAUUUACCUUUUCUUAGAAAAGUUAAAGAAAAAUUCUUACAAUCCGGUGAUGCAAAGGGUUGUGCUGACGAUUGUCCAUUGGGUAUAGAAAAAACUUUACUGUUAGGUAUUGCGAAGUAUGGCAAAACUUUGAAUGCCAUCCAAAUGCUUCCUCGAAACCUUCGCCAACUCUAUGUACAUAGUUAUCAAUCUUUCUUAUGGAACCAUGUGGCAAGUCUACGUAUGACUCAUCAGAAUCCUGGUGACUUUUUCGCUAAGCCUGGUGAUCUUUAUUAUAAUGAUCAGAAUGUAAUAACUACAGAUAAUUAUGAAGAUGAUAUUAACUUCGAAGAAUCUGUGUUAGAAACAGACAACUCUUCAAUAUCAUCGGCGAAUUCUCUCCCAUCAUCUAAAUUAUCAUUCAUACAUCCACUAGUAGUUGGAGAAAAUGAAAAAAUCCCUUUAAAUUCAGUUGUACUUCCUGUUCCUGGUUACGCUGUACAAUAUCCUAAAAAUAAUAGCGCUGAUUGGUAUACCGAAUUACUAAAAGAAGAUUGUUUGACAGUCAAAGAUUUCAGUCAUUCAGUUAAAGAUUUUGCACUCCCUGGUUCUUAUCGGAAAUUAAUUGUUGUCCCGGAAAACGUUAAAUACGAAUUUCAUGAAUAUUCAAACCCUGAUAUACCUCUAGUGAAGUCUGAUCUUCAGUUACUAAAUGGUACAAUUACAAGUAGUAUUUUAACUCCUGCUUCACAAAAUGAGACACAAAAUAAUGAUAUCUGCUUAGAUAAAGAUGGAAAACAGCAGGCUAUCGUCUUAACGUUCAAUUUACCGAAAUCCAGUUACGCUACAAUGGCAAUACGCGAAUUAACGAAAACUGUUAUAGAGAAGAAAUAGCAUUUUAUGAAUAUUCCUUUCUGAAACUUGAUUACCUGAACCGCAUCCCGUUAAAUUAUGUGUACUUUCCCUUAUUGUUAACAGUUCUCAAUUAAUAUGAUCUAUAUAUAUUCUACUUGGGACAAUCAUCCAAACAGAAU